UUUACCAAACAUUUCCGUUUAUCAGUGUCGUGCAGCCCAGCAUUGGUGUACAGCUUUACUCUCGCGCAUUCAUCGCGUUCGCUCGCUUUGCCGUGUCCAGUGCCGCGGCCUUAGAUCGUAUCGCAAACAGCAACCAGGAACGAAAAUUCGGUAGCACAGGACCCCCCGGCCAGCUGUCUCGUUAGCCCACCACGCAAGGAACCAAAAAUGAGUGUGCUAGAGUGCCCGUCCGAUCUGACGCUCAUCAGCGAUGACAUGUCCAUCGGCGACGUGAUCCGGGAUGUGGUGCGCAUGGGCCCGCACGAGGAGCCGCUCCACGUGCUCGAUCUGGACGAUGUGGUGCGCAAGCACUACGGCUGGUGCGCCCAGAUGCCGCGCGUGAAGCCGUACUACGCGGUGAAGUGCAACGACGAUCCGCGCAUCCUGCAGACGCUGAUGACGCUCGGGACGGGCUUUGACUGUGCGUCGAAGGGCGAGAUGGAGCGCAUGCUCGGGUACGGGGUGAAGCCGGAGAGCAUCAUCUUUGCGCAGCCGGCCAAAUCGAUCCCGUCGCUGCUGUACGCCCGCUCCAAGCAGGUGUCGGUGAUGACGUUCGACGGUGCGGUGGAGCUGGAGAAGAUUCAUCAGUACUAUCCGGAGGCGCGGCUGGUGCUGCGCAUGCGCCACGACUCACUGAAGGUACGGUGCUCGCUGGGCAAGAAGUUCGGGUGUGAUCCGAUCGCGGAAGCGCCCGAGCUGCUGCGCUAUGCCGCCACCCUGCGGAUGAAUGUAAUCGGGAUAAGCUUCCACGUCGGGUCGGAUUGCGACGAGCACGAGGUGUACUAUGAGGCGGUGAAGAUAGCGAAGGGUUUGUUCGAGUACGCCAAGACGAUUGGGUACGAGUUUAGUCUGCUGGACAUUGGGGGCGGCUUUCCGGGCGAUAAUGAUAAGCCGAUCGAUCGGUACGCGCAGGCGGUGAACGUGGCAAUCGAUCAAUUCUUCCCCGCGGAGUCGGACAUUCGCAUCAUUGCCGAGCCGGGCCGGUACUAUGUGUCGUCGGCGGUGACGCUGGUUUCGUUCGUGGACUCGAAGCGCGUGAUGAAGGAAAAGCAGCCGGAUGGUACGGAGAAAACGCGAAUGUAUUACUAUCUGAACGAUGGCAUCUUCGGGACGUUCUACUGCACUGCCCACGAGGCACAGCCAGCGAUACCGAUCGUGGAGCGCAAGACCGGUGCGAAAGACUUCCCCACGUCGGUUUGGGGCCCAACGUGCGACGUGAUGGAUCUGAUCCUGCCCGACGUGAUGCUGCCCGAGCUGGACGUGGGCGAUAGUGUGGUGUUUGAAAACUGUGGCGCGUACGGGCAGGUGCUCGCCUGCCGCUUCAACGGAUUCCCCCUGCCCAAGGUGAUUGCCUACCUGCGCGAAGGUACCUGGAAAAUACUGCAAGACUUGACCGCAGCUUCCUCAGCUAUCUCGGCCCGCUCCCUCGAUAGCUCGGAUGGCAAGCUGCUUGUCACGCACGAGAGCAGCUACACUCCCAUCGUUGAGGCACCGUACUUGGUUUGAUGGGAUGUGCAUUAGAGCACUUGAACUACGUACCAAUGGCAGUUAAGUUUGCAUUAUGUUACCUGGUCCGCAACUCUUGUUCGGGUUGUACUACUGUUUUUUGUUCCUAGCUUUAGGUUUAGCGAUUAGAUUGUUUUCAAGAAGCGAAAAUAAGGUCGCUCAGGGCAUUAUUAC